CGUAAGAUCAGAGCUACUAGUAAUAAGAUGAUCCACCCAAUACGGCGUGAGCUGUUGUGGGCUCGCCGCAUCGGGCCCCUCCGAUGAGUGGUUUGGUUUGGCACCAGCUCUUCUAAACACUUGUGGUCGCUGCUGCAGCUACCACCUGCACCUCGACACAGCACCAUGUACAAAGGCGCCUUUUCUGCAGACGGAGAUGCUUCUCCAGACAUGGGGCCUACCCAUGCUGACGAGAUCCCCUCCUCUGAAGACGACGAGCUGAGUCCCGAGUCUUCUGACCUCGAAAUCGAGAGUGGGAGGCGUACACAGGUGGAUACUGGUGCGACUGCAACGACCGACGCCAAUAUAGAAGACGACGACAAUGGCUCAGCCAGGAUGCUUCCCCGCGAUAAGCAGCGCCGGACCGCCUUCUACGACUAUACCGCAGAAAAACAGAUGAGCCAUACCGAAGCAAGGCAAUUCUACCAGCGUCACCAACUGGAGACGCAGUAUGGAGGCUCACAGUCGGGGGACACACACAGCCCAGCUAUGCGCGCAAAGACAUUCCCCGCAAACUUUGGUGCUGGAGAUGGCGUCGACGUGAUGAGCGGGGCAGCCAGCAUUCGCUCGCGGAAGAGUAAUGUCAGUCUUGCGCAUGGUCACCGAGCCACGCUUCCCAUCGGCUUGUCACAGGCCGAGCAGUCACAGGAGCAGCGUUCAUAUAGCACGAAUCUGCAAGGCAACCAUGGCGAAGCAGAUCCCUCGUUCCAGGCCGACCAACAAGCCAAAUCCCACCCAAGACAUCCUGCGCUUCCCCACGAAGAGAAACCACUACUAGCCGACGAGGGAAUCCACGGCGCUGGUGCGGGUAUAGGAGUAGGACCAGGACCAGGAGGUUUCGCCAUGUCGGAUUCGAGUGUUACCGCCGAGCUUACUGCUAUAUACACCAACGUACAGAAGGUGCUUGAUCUCCGCCAUAAAUACAUACGCUUGUCUCUUCAGCGCAAUUUCGACAGCCCCAAGGAUGAACCGGGUUGGCGCAUCUACCCUCCUCACCCAGAGCCUGUGUGGAACGACUCCUCGAAAGAACGUCGCAAUGCUGGGACUAGCAGCAUGCAGAACAGUGCUAUUUUGGAGCCCUCGGAGCCGGCCAAAGCACCCCGAAAGAUGGGUACGAACAUUGGAGAGGAUUUCCACAUCGACGAUUUGCUCCCCGUUCCCGGCGCUGCAGAAAUGUCUUUCCGCUUAGAUGGCAGCGGUGUAUUUCAGGUGUACGAGACUGUAAAGUCUGCAGAGCUCGACACGCCUAUUGUGUCGAUUCCAACUCUGCGGGAGUUCUAUAUGGACCUUGACUCGAUCCUGGAGAUCUCGUCUGAUGGGCCAAGUAAGAGUUUUGCCUUUCGACGUCUUCAAUAUCUUGAGGGCAAGUUCAAUCUUUAUUAUCUUCUCAAUGAAUACCAGGAGGUAGCCGACAGCAAGAAGGUGCCUCAUAGGGACUUUUACAAUGUCCGAAAAGUCGAUACGCACGUUCAUCAUUCUGCGUGCAUGAACCAGAAGCAUUUGCUGCGUUUCAUCAAGUCGAAGAUGAAGAAGUCGCCUGAUGAGGUGGUGCUCUUCCGUGACGGCAAGCACCUUACGUUGAAGGAGGUGUUUGAGUCGAUCAAUCUGACCGCAUACGAUCUUAGUAUCGAUACCUUGGAUAUGCACGCACAUACAGACUCUUUCCAUCGCUUCGACAAGUUCAACUUGAAGUAUAAUCCUGUCGGGGAAUCACGUUUGAGGACUAUCUUCCUCAAAACAGACAAUUUCAUCAAGGGCCGGUACCUGGCGGAGAUCACCAAAGAAGUCAUCUCUGAUUUGGAGUCGAGUAAGUACCAGUUUGUCGAGUGGCGCAUCUCCAUCUACGGUCGUGAUAUCGAUGAGUGGGAUAAUCUCGCCGCUUGGGUGAUUGAUAAUAAGCUCUUCUCGCCCAACGUACGAUGGCUCAUCCAAGUUCCCCGCCUGUUCGACGUGUACAAGGCGACCGGUCUGAUGGGCAACUUUGAACAAGUCAUUAUCAACCUGUUCCGACCUCUUUUCGAGGUCACCAAAGACCCGACAAGCCAUCCCAAGCUCCACAUCUUCCUGCAGAGAGUCAUUGGCUUUGAUAGUGUCGAUGACGAGAGUAAGGUGGAGCGACGAGUGUACAAGAAAUUCCCAUUCCCCAAGGAGUGGCAGACGAAGCAGAACCCGCCGUACAGUUACUGGAUGUACUACCUAUUCGCCAACAUCGCAUCCCUAAACGUCUGGCGAAAACAGCGAGGCUUCAACACCUUCCUGCUCCGCCCUCACUGCGGAGAAGCAGGCGACACAGACCAUUUAGCCGCAGCCGUUCUAUGCGCCCACAGCAUCAGCCACGGCUUACUUCUCCGCAAAGUCCCUCUUCUGCAAUACAUCUUCUACCUGGAACAAAUCGGCGUCGCCAUGUCCCCUCUCAGCAACAACGCCCUCUUCCUAGCCUACGAGCGUAAUCCUUUUUUGAGCUACUUCCGCCGCGGCCUCAACGUGUCUCUCUCCACAGACGACCCCCUGCAGUUCGCUUUCACUAAAGAACCCCUCAUCGAGGAAUACUCCGUCGCCGCGCAAAUCUAUAAACUCAGCGCCGUGGACAUGUGCGAGCUCGCCAAACAUUCAGUCGAACAAAGCGGCUUCGAACACAUCGUCAAACAGAAAUGGCUGGGCAAAAAUUACCAUCUCCCCGGCGUGGCGGGAAACGACAUGGCGCGCUCAAACGUGCCCAGUGUCCGUGAGGAAUUCAGACACGAGACGCAUAUGCAGGAGCUUGCUAUGUAAGUCCCCCCUCACUUACUCAUCCCCCCGUAUCC